GUCUUAGUACGGUACAAACGUCACUCCCGAUCCAGAUGCUUGUAAUUUAUCAAAACUUCAACAUUUUUCGGAUAAACAAGAACAUUUAAGGGGCUUUGUGGAGAUUAACCCUAUAAAUCAAUAUGUGAAUCCUGAGUCCCUCGGAGCCUCCCAGGCGAUUCGAACUAGGGUUUCCACUCUCCUCAGCAUAAGAAUCCUUCUUCUUUUCUUUCCCUCCAACUUUUUAAACAAGACUGAAGGAUGCCAAAACGGUUCCAGGCAGCAGCACUUGUUGCUGCUCCUAGUUACCCCAGCGCCAUCGCCUGGUCCGAUGAAAACCUGAUUGCAGUUGCUUCUGAUCAUCUCGUCACCAUUCUCAAUCCAGCAUUUAUUUCUGGUCCUAGAGGCUUGAUCACAAUUCAAGAGUGUAAACCCUAUUCAAUUGGUGUGGUAAAAAGGGAAGAUUUACUUAGUGGUUGCUUACUUUCUACCUGUUUGCAUCGAGAUCGCCAUCCUUGUGUUGAGUCAAUUUCAUGGUCACCUAUUGGAAUGGCAGCCAAUUCAGGGUGUUUGUUGGCUGUGUGCACUACAGAGGGACGUGUGAAGGUCUAUCGUCCUCCAUUUUGUGAUUUUGGAGCUGAAUGGAUAGAGGUCGUGGAUAUAUCAGACAGAAUAUAUGAUUACUUUGCAAAUAUUGACUUUGAAGAGUUGGACAAUUCUGCCGAAUUUUCUGCUGGGGAAGCAACAGAACAUGCUGAUAUUGAUGAUAUACCUAUCUCCAUGCCUAGAAAGAAGCAUAAACUAAGAAGAAUCAGCGAUGAUGGUUCUAGAAGUAGCAAGGGUGUCAAUGCUAGGUCUAGUGAAUCUACUAAUAUUACCAAGGUAAUGGAGAUAAAAUCUAACAAGUUGAAAGGAGAAAAUUCUCGUCAGAUUAUAUCUAUAACUAAAUCUAAAGGGAAACCUGUCAGAGAGAUAUCCAGUAACUGCACACUCCCACAGAUAACUCCUGAUGAGUAUGCCUCUCGGUGUGCAAUGUUGCAUUCACUUGUUGUUGCCUGGUCACCGAUGUUGAGAUUUUCAUCUAAAAAUUUUCCAAUACCUCAAAAUGGCUCAUCCAGUCAAUUUUCUGUUUUGGCAAUUGGUGGAAAGUCUGGUAAAAUUUCUUUUUGGAGAAUUUCUGCUCCAAAAUGUUACUCCAUUGAGCAUAGCAAUAUUGAUCCUACUUUAGUGCAAGUUGGGCUCCUUCAGGCACACAAUUCUUGGAUCACUGCUAUCAGUUGGGCAUUACUGUCUUCUAAUUCUUCAAAUCCUCAAGUUUUAUUGGUUACUGGGAGUUCUGAUGGGAGUGUGAGGAUUUGGACUGGGUAUACUGAGGACUUGCUGAAUUCUGUAGAAGUUCAUCAUGCUCCCUUUUCCAUUUUGAGGGAGGUUACAACUGCAAAUACUAUCCCAAUAUCGGUCCUCUCAAUUUGUGUGCCAGCUCAGUCCUUGCACCAAAUUCUCUUAGCAAUCGGCAAAGGAUCUGGAUCCUUUGAUAUAUGGAUAUGUGAUAUAUCUAGCAACAAAUUUGAAAAUGUUGGCUCAUAUGACACUCAAGGCCAAGUUGUUACAGGUUUGGCUUGGGCUUUCGAUGGUUCUUCUUUGUAUAGCUGUAGUCAGGACAAUUUUGUACGUGGUUGGGUUUUACAUGGGAAUACCCUUGUUGAAGUACCCAUUCCCUCCAACACGCUUGGCCUGAAGAACUCCACUGAUCUUCCUGAUGUAUUUGUAUCUUGUCUCGGUGUGGCACUGUCCCCUGGAGAUCUUAUUCUUGCUGUGGUCCGUAAUUUUGAUCUCGAUACAUUGGAUCACAUGUACCAGGCAAGGGCCCACAAGGCUGCUGUUGAGUUUUUCUGGAUUGGUGGGCAGCAAAUAGAUGCUUUGUCAAACACUUCUCUGGAGUAUGGUCUUGAAGCUUUUCCUGAUUUCUCCGGGAAGGAAUUGGCUACUUGGGAGUCCAAUAUUCUGUGGUCUUUAAAGCAGUAUGAAGAUCAAGAUAAGCCUUUGGUUGUUUGGGAUGUCAUGGUAGCACUAUUGGCUUUCAAGAGGUCUAUACCAAAGUAUGUAGAAUGUGUACUGGUCAAGUGGCUAUCUACAUUUUGUCUGCAAUCCCAUGUGCACCAUUCUACAGAAAAGAUUCUGUCGAAUGUCCACAAAAAUCUCUCAAACAAUAGUUCUCGUCGAUUGCAUCUUCUCAAUAUUAUCUGUCGAUGUGUAAUGCUAACAGAAAUGAAGGCAGAUGAUAUUAACAACAAACAUCAGAAAUCAAGAGGCUCUGAAGAGGAGCAACUUAGUGUUUGGAUGGAGUUACUUUUGAACAGUGAAAAAGAACUCCGUGAAAGGCUUAUGUCUCUCACAUUUUCUGCUUUUAUAACUCUCACCUCUCAUUCAUCCUCAACUUGUGUCCAAGCUAGUUGUUGGUGUCCUGAUGGGAUUUCACAAAUGGAACGCUGGGUUGCACAGAAUCAUGAAACUGCACAGGUUCAACUAAGAGCCCUCGCAUCAGAAGUUGUAGGACUGAAAAGGAGGAUUCUUUCCACUAAACAUGUAGAGGAAGAGAAAUGUAGCUAUUGUUUGGCGCCUGUCCCUUUUGAAUCCCCAGAAGUAGCUUUUUGCCAAGGUCUGGAGUGCGCUGGUGGAGAUAGCCAGAAACACAAACUAGUAAGAUGUGCUGUUUCUAUGCAAGCAUGCCCCACUAUUCCCCUGUGGUUUUGCAAGUGUUGUCAUAGACAGGCUUCCAAGUUGGCACCAGAGUCUCUUUUUAAAAUGCCUAAAUAUCCACCGGAUUUCAGGAGCAUAACAGAAUCUUCUGUUCAAGAAGAAAUCUCAAAACCCUUGUGUCCCUACUGUGGGAUACUUCUACAGAGAUUACAGCCAGAGUUUCUGCUCUCAGCAUCUCCAGUGUAAGAUACAUGCCUUUUUUCAGUUUACAGUGUCAUGUUGGCAAUCAUUGUAAAAUCAUAUAGCAUUGAAGUGGGAAAACAAAAUGCCAAUGAAGUUUCAAGCAUUUGGAUUUAACUCUUUGGCAUUUGGAUUCUAAUCUUGAAGCAAAGCUUCAAAUGCUCAAGUGAAUCCCUGUCUAUUGUCCACGAAUGUCAUCGAGGAUAGUCGCUUAUGAGAUUAGUGAAUGUAAAAAUCGUAACUUAUUUGGAUAGGUGGUUUUUAUAGAUUAGAGGUGUCAUCAAGGAUAGUCAGUAGUCCCUCAUGAGAUUAUGCAACAUAAAUUAGUGAAUGUAACAACCGGAAUUUAUUUGGAUAGCUGGUUUGCAUAAAUUAAAGGUGUUUCUCAAUUGGAUUAGAUUUUUUAUUUAGAGGUUUAGAAUAUAUCAUUGCCCUCAUAUUUACACAAUCCAAAUGUUGUAACGUUUUUAUGUGAGAUUUCACUUCUGUUGUAACUUUUAAACGUUGUAAUUAUUAUAUUUAGUGAAAUAUUUCCUGCUUCUUCGGUCUA